AUGAACUCAUCAACGGUUACAGGAAACUGAAGGACGCACAAAUUCAAAUUUAAUUCAACGGGUGUAAUUUCCCACUCUCGCCAACCACAGACAAAGGCAGUUCAAAUCCACUCAUAACUUCAAGCUCACUUCAACGCCACACCGACACCGUACCAACUCCAACUCUCCCCCCAAGAAUCAAAAUCCAAUUUCCCAAUAAUAUUUUACUGUUCGCGAGCUUCGGUUAGGGUUUCGGAGUGAAAUCCACCAUGUUCUUCUGAGCUUUCUGAUCAAUCCCCAAAAUAGCAAUGAAGAAAAAUCAGAGUCCAUCGUACUUAGAUCGGAAAUGGUUUACGCCAUUGGUUGCCAUCGCCGUUCUCUCUGUCGUACUUCUUCUUACUCUAACCCUCGGGCAAAGUAAGUUUUCCUCAGCCACCGACUUCGCUUUCGACCAACCGAAAUUGGCGGCUCUGGACGGGAAUUUCGGGUCGGGGAACGACCGGCUUGGGCUUCCGAAGCUGCCGAGAUUUGCGUACUUGAUAUCGGGCACGAGCGGGGAUGGUCCGAGUCUGAGGCGGGUUCUUCAGGCGGUGUACCAUCCGAGGAAUUUCUAUCUGUUGCACCUGGAUCUGGAGGCCUCGGACGCCGAGAGGCUCGAGCUUGCCAAGUAUGUGAAAUCGGAGAGUGUGAUUAGGGAGUUUCGGAAUGUGAUGGUGGUUGGGAAGCCUAAUCUGGUCACGUUUAAGGGCCCAACGAUGAUUGCUUGCACGUUGCACGCGAUUGCAAUACUGUUGAAGCAGGCCAAGGAUUGGGACUGGUUUGUUAAUCUCAGCGCGUCGGAUUAUCCUCUCGUGUCGCAAGACGAUCUCUUGCAUAUUUUCUCAUACUUACCUAGGGAUCUGAACUUCCUCGAGCAUGGAAGUAAUAAUGGAUGGAAAGAAUAUCACAGAGCAAGACCUAUCAUAAUAGACCCAGCCUUGUAUCAUAUAAAGAAAUCUGGUGUUUUUUGGGCUAAAGAGAAAAGGUCUAUGCCUGCGUCUUUCAAGUUAUUCACAGGAUCUGCAUGGGUGGUGCUGACGAAAUCAUUUCUCGAAUUUUGUGUUUGGGGAUGGGAUAAUCUGCCUCGCACUUUGCUUAUGUACUAUACAAAUUUCAUUUCAUCCCCUGAGGGCUACUUUCACACCGUUGUUUGCAACCACAAGGACUACCAGAACACAACUGUAAAUCAUGAUUUGCAUUAUAUUAGGUGGAAUAACCCUCCUAAGGAAAACCCUAUUAACCUAACAUUGGAACAUUUCGACGACAUGGUCCAGAGUGGUGCUCCUUUUGCACGUCAGUUUGCCAAAGAUGCUCCGGUUCUCGACAAAAUUGAUGAAGAGCUGUUAAGGAGAUCAGAUGGCCAGUUUACACCUGGUGGUUGGUGCGUGGGGAGUUCUGUAUUAGGUAAAGAUCCUUGUGUUGUUUAUGGGAAUCCAAAUGCAGUUAAACCGACAGUAAAUUCUAAGAGGUUAGAGAAACUAAUAGUGAAACUUCUUGAUUCAGAAAAUUUCAGGUCUAAACAGUGUAAAUAGUCUUUCAAUGCUUCAAUUUUCCCCAUUUUUUUUU